AUGAAGAUCUUCGUGGACAACCAGGCAGCAAUCAAGCUUUCCCAAGCACAUCAGCUCCACAGCAGGACGAAGCACAUGGAUGUGAAAGUGUGUUUUGUGCGGGAUGAGUGUGAAAAGCUGAGCAUUUCGAUAAAUUACGUGAACACAAGUGACCAGUUAGCGGAUUUUCUUACGAAACCUCUUUUGAAGCACAGAACAAGGAACAAUCAGAAUAACAACUCGUACUGGCGGGACAAACGUCCCGUUUUGAACGGGACUGUCCCUUUAUUGGACCACCUGUCCCGUUGUCCCCAUAUAAUGAUCUGGGACGCAAAAUUGUCCCGUUUUCUAAAACCGCGCGAAAAAUUAAAAUGUUGGUGCGUGUCCGGCACGAGCGCCCAGCGAAACCGAAACGCGUCGUCGACCGAUUGGAGAUUCCCGCCCGCGCGCGCGCGCGCUAUCGGUUACCUUAAUAACGAGCAGAGGAGAGGGGGCAUUCAUUCCGCAGUCAUUUGUUUCACGCAACAAAUAUAA